UGGAAAAUUAAUUAUUGCCCACUUUCUCUCUCCCUCUCUCUCUCUCUCUCAGAGAUUUUGAUUCUUGGAAAGAAAAUCAAAGUCUCAAUAGCCUUUCUUUGCUUUGAUUCCAGUUCCAUUCCAAACUUGCAUCUAAUUCUCUUACCUUAGCCUUUUCAUCUUUAUUUAUUUAUCAUCAACAACUCCAAAUUUCAUAUGAAAUUAGAGAAAUCAAAAUGAAAAGAAAAUUUCAAGAAAGAGCUACAUACACCUUUUGACCUUGGAAAGUUGGAACCCUAGAGACCUUUCAGGCAAAAUCAUCAGGUUAACAAUUCCUUGUUCUUUUUUUCUUUUAGUAAAUUUCCAAAUUUUUGGGAAGCAAUUAUUAUGUCAAACCCUUGGUGGACGAACCAGAGUGGUUUAGCCGGUAUGGUGGACCACUCAGCCUCCUCCGGCCACCACCAAAACCAUCAUCACCAAAGUCUUCUUAGCAAAGGAGAUCUUGGAAUAGCCAUGAAUCAGAGCCAAGACAACGACCAAGAUGAAGAAGACGACCCUAGGGAAGGAGCAGUUGAGGUGGUCAACCGUAGACCAAGAGGAAGACCACCAGGAUCAAAAAACAAACCUAAAGCUCCAAUCUUUGUGACAAGAGACAGCCCCAACGCACUCCGUAGCCAUGUCCUGGAGAUCUCCGACGGAAGCGACGUUGCGGACACAAUCGCUCACUUCUCCAGACGCAGACAACGCGGCGUUUGUGUUCUCAGCGGCACAGGCUCAGUCGCUAACGUCACCCUCCGUCAAGCUGCCGCACCCGGAGGUGUAGUCUCUCUCCAAGGCAGGUUUGAGAUCUUAUCCUUAACCGGUGCUUUCCUCCCUGGACCUUCCCCACCCGGGUCAACCGGUUUAACGGUUUACUUAGCCGGGGUUCAGGGUCAAGUCGUUGGGGGUAGCGUCGUGGGACCGCUCCUGGCCAUAGGGUCGGUCAUGGUGAUUGCUGCUACUUUCUCUAACGCUACUUAUGAGAGAUUGCCCAUGGAAGAAGAGGAAGACGGUGGAGGCUCAAGACCGAUUCAUGGAGGUGGUGACUCGCCGCCCGGAAUCGGUAAUAGCCUGCCUGAUCCAUCUGUGAUGGCCGGGUCAGGGCCAGGCUACAAUAUGCCGCCGCAUCUGAUUCCAAAUGGGGCUGGUCAGUUAGGGCACGAACCAUAUACAUGGGUCCACGCGCGACCACCAUACUGACUCAGUGAGCCGUUUCUAAAUAUUCUAUAUAAAUAUAAAUAAAUAUAUAUAUAUAUAUAUAUAUAUAUAUAUAUGAAUAUAAGUGAUUUGAGGUUAUUAAUUAGUCUAUUACAAAGCUUUGCUUGUUGGAAAAAUAAAUAAGUACUAUCAAAGCUUUGUUUGUUCUGAAUGGAGAAUUGAAAUAUAGAGCUUGGAAGGUACAGAGAGACGAGAUUAAGGGACUUUUGUAUGUUCAGUAUUCUUCUACGAAACGAAUAAACAUUUGUAUUGUAUAUUAGAAUGUUUGUCUUUUUGUUUUUGUUUAGUAGUAUUUAACUACAAUACAUUUAAUUGCCGUUGUGACUUGUGAUCUUUAGAUACUUUACAUUUUGAUUGGUACAAAAGUCAUAAGUUAAUAUA